CGGGGAGAGGGAGCCGGCAUUGAGCAGAGGCCCGGGCAGAGGUCGGGAGCUUCAGGACAGAGAAAACAUCUCAGAGGGAGCUGGGCCUUUCCUCCAAGGCCUUUCCCCCGACCCCCCAGACCUCCCGCCCAGCGGCUCAGCGUCAUAGCAGUCCAGUCCUGCUCGGCCUGCUGCUCACCUCCAGGCCGGCUGCUGCUGGGGCUAAUCUUGUCGGGAGGCAUCCCUCCUUCCCUCCCAUCAUGGCCGUGUACCGCGUGUGUGUGACCACUGGCGCCUACCUGGGGGCAGGCACACUGGACAGCAUCUCCGUCACUCUGGUGGGCAUGUGUGGUGAGAGCCCCAAGCAGCUGCUGGAUCACAUGGGCAGGGACUUUACCCCCGGAUCGGUGCAGAAGUACAAAGUGCGCUGCUCAGCAGAGCUGGGUGAGCUCUUGCUGCUGCGUCUACACAAGGAGCGCUAUGCUUUUUUCCGCAAGGACUCCUGGUACUGCAGCCAUGUCUGUGUCACUGCCCCCGACGGCACCCUUUUCCACUUCCCCUGCUAUCAGUGGAUUGAGGGCUUCUGCACUCUAGAGCUGCGACCAGGCACAGCGAGAACUAUUUGUCAAGAUUCCCUUCCCCUCCUCCUGGACCACAGGAAACGGGAACUCCAGGCCCGACAAGAAUGCUACCGUUGGAAGGUCUUUGCCCCUGGCUUCCCAGGCAUCGUGGACGUCAGCAGCUUUGAGCAGAUGGAGUCAGACAAGAAAUUUACCUUGACCAGGACAACAACUCGUGCAAAUCAGGACGACAGCAGUGGGAAUCGGUACCUGCCUGGCUUCCCCAUGAAAAUUGACAUCCCAUCCCUGCUGCACAUGGAGCCCAAUAUUAGAUACUCGGCCACCAAGACGACCUCGCUGAUCUUCAAUGCCCUCCCUGCGUCCUUGGGCAUGAAGCUUCGAGGGCUGCUGGACCGAAAGGGCUCCUGGAAGAAGCUGGAUGACAUCCGGAAUAUCUUCUGGUGCCACAAGACCUUCACUUCAGAGUAUGUCACAGAGCACUGGAGUGAGGACUACUUCUUCGGGUACCAGUACCUGAAUGGCGUCAAUCCUGUCAUGCUCCACUGCCUCUCCAGCUUGCCCAGCAAGCUGCCUGUCACCAAUGACAUGGUGGCCCCGUUGCUGGGACCCGGCACCUGCCUGCAGACAGAGCUAGAGAGGGGGAACAUCUUCCUAGCCGACUACUGGAUCCUGGCGGAGGCCCCAGUCCACUGCCUCAACGGCCGCCAGCAGUACGUGGCCGCCCCGCUCUGCCUGUUGUGGCUCAACCCCCAGGGGGCGCUAAUGCCCUUGGCCAUCCAGCUCAGCCAGACCCCCGGGCCGGAGAGCCCCAUCUUUCUCCCCACUGACUCCGACUGGGAUUGGCUGCUGGCCAAGACGUGGGUGCGCAACUCUGAGUUCCUGGUGCACGAGAACAACACGCACUUCUUGUGCACGCAUUUGCUGUGCGAGGCCUUCGCCAUGGCCACGCUGCGUCAGCUGCCACUCUGCCAUCCCAUCUACAAGCUCCUGCUUCCCCAUACUCGGUACACGCUGCAGGUGAACACCAUCGCCCGCGCCACGCUGCUCAACCCUGAGGGCCUGGUGGACAAGGUCACCUCCAUCGGAAGGCAAGGCCUCCUCUACCUCAUGAGCACGGGUCUGGCCCACUUCACCUACACCAAUUUCUGCUUUCCGGACAGCCUGCGGGCCCGCGGGGUUUUGGCUAUCCCCAACUACCAUUACCGGGAUGACGGCCUGAAGAUCUGGGCCGCCAUUGAGAGCUUUGUCUCAGAAAUUGUGGGCUACUACUAUCCCAGUGAUGCGUCUGUGCAGCAGGAUUCGGAACUGCAGGCCUGGGUCGGCGAGAUUUUUGCUUGGGCGUUCCUGAGCCGGGAAAGCUCAGGCUUCCCAUGCCGGCUGCGCACCCCACAAGAGCUGCUGAAGUUCCUCACAGCAAUCAUCUUCAACUGUUCCGCCCAGCACGCUGCUGUCAACAGUGGGCAGCAUGACUUUGGGGCCUGGAUGCCCAAUGCUCCAUCAUCCAUGAGGCAGCCCCCACCACAGACCAAGGGGACGACCACCCUGAAGAGUUACCUAGAGACCCUCCCAGAAGUGAACAUCACCUGUAGCAACCUUCUCCUCUUCUGGUUGGUCAGCCAAGAGCCCAAGGACCAGAGGCCCUUGGGCACCUACCCGGACGAGCACUUCACCGAGGAGGCCCCGCGGCGGAGCAUCGCCGCCUUCCAGAGCCGCCUGGCCCAGAUCUCCAAGGACAUCCGGGAGCGAAACAAGGGCCUGGCCCUGCCCUACGCCUACAUGGACCCUCCCCUCAUUGAGAACAGCGUCUCCAUUUAAUCCCCUCCUCCUCCCACCCUGGAAGAAAGGCCCAAGCAGGAGGAGGGCCAGCUUCUCCUCGUCCUCCAGGCUCUUUCGCCUUCCCUGUUCUCCAUCAGCCUGAGACUUCUCCUUGCAGGUGGGGCCUUUUCCACCAAAAUGGCUCUAGCAUCAUGUGAACUGGCUCCGAGCUGUAUCCAGGGUGAGAAGCUGCUGGUUAAAGUCAAAUGCACAAUAGACCCUCAAAGGAAGGAACCCCAUCACCCCUAGCCCUCCUUCCUACUUCCCUCUCCUGUCAACAUCUACCUCCUCCCAUCGGGAUCCCCAGUUUGGGAUCUGAAGCUCUCCUUCCCAGCCGCCCGCCAUCCCAGAACUUUCUCCUACUUUGCCUCUUUGUUUCCACUUUCCUCUAAAUCUGGGACCAACCAAUCCAACUUUUUCUCUGGAAGAGCAUGGAAGCUGGGCGAGAAGGGAUGUGUGCCUCAGACCUGCCACAGGGACCCCUCUGACGCCAGCAUAUUUCGGGGGAGGGUUAGAAUUAGAGCCCAGCUUACCGGGGCCUCUAGUUGUAGUUCUCUCAGGGCCACGCUCAGCAGCCUGGAUGUGUACGGAGUCUCUCCUCGGCUCUCAUUUCCCCAUUGCCAUCCCCCUCCUUUUGUUUGUUCUUGAGCCCAGUGAAUUUAAUAAAAACCAACAUAUUUU